UUGAAUAUUCCCCGUUUUGCACACAAUUUGCUCGGUAGAUGUGUGUAUCUUCGACAACGCACACACACACACAAACUCUCUCUCUAUAAAUAUCUGGGGUCUCGCUCUUCUCUUUCUUGUGUUCCUUUCCCAUUCUUCUCUGUACUGUACUCAAACUUCACUUCCCCACUUAUAUAUACAAUGUCGGUUUACAAAGACCAGGAUCCUCGUCUUCAUGGCAUCAAAACUAAGAUUCGUGUCGUCCCAAAUUUCCCCAAAUCCGGUAUUAUGUUCCAAGACAUUACUACUCUAUUGCUCGAUCCCAAAGCAUUUAAGGACACAAUCGAUUUGUUCGUGGAGCGAUACAAGGGCAAAAACAUUUCUGUUGUUGCAGGAAUUGAAGCUCGAGGUUUUAUUUUUGGUCCUCCCAUUGCACUGGCUAUAGGAGCAAAGUUCGUUCCCUUGAGGAAACCAAAGAAGUUGCCUGGAAAAGUUAUUUCUCAAGAAUAUAUUCUUGAAUAUGGAAGGGACUGUCUUGAGAUGCAUGUUGGAGCUGUUGAAUCUGGUGAGCGUGCUUUAGUGGUUGAUGAUUUGAUUGCAACGGGAGGAACACUCUGUGCAGCUAUGGAUUUGCUAGAACGUGUGGGAGCAGAAGUAGUGGAGUGUGCAUGCGUAAUUGAAUUACCGGAAUUGAAGGGUCGUGAGCGUUUGAACGGGAAGCCAUUGUACGUGUUGGUGGAAUAUAUGGAGAUAUGAAGUGGUGAUGUGAUGAGUGUGGUUGGUUGGAGGCAAAGAAUAUAUUAAGAUGUAGAAACGAUCAAAUCAAAUUAAUGCAUUUCUGUGACCCACUCUUUGGGCCUCCCCUCUUCUUCCCUACCCCUUUUUCAAAUAAAAUUUUACAUCUUUCGGUGUAAGAUCCAUUCUUCUUCUACAUAUUUUGCAUCAUGCUUUAUUUUUAGCACUACACUUGUCCACAUUUUAUUACAUGCAUUGCUUCUGUCA